UUUGAUCAUCUCUCUCAGAGGAUACAUCCGAUGCUUCUCCGAUCGCCAUCCUCGUGACACUCCACAGGAGCUAAUUGCAGGAAGGAAAGAUCCACGUUUGAUGUGUUUCUCGUGAUUCAGGAGAAACAAGGAUCUGAUCUCAAUUGGGUUUAGGGGCAAGCUCUCACUCUACCUCCGCAUCGGCUCGAGCAUUCACCAUUGUCUCAUUAGCACUGAGAGCUUCUUCUCCGUUCAACGCAAACGCCAUAGAACCCACGAUAACACACCCUUUCAUAGCUCAUUAUCUGUCUCUCUAUUUGGUUUCAAAGAGUAGAAGCUCAGCAAAAUUUGGAUCUCUUUUCUCGAUCCCGAUCUCUCCUGCAAAAUUCCGCCAUUUUUGCAGUGCCUCUGUGUGUUAAUCGACAGUGUUCCUGUGGUGAUCUUCAGCCAGGCUGCAUGCUUCGUGUGUGUUUUGGUGUUUGAGAGCCAAGAAUCUGGGACGAGUUAUGGGGUACCAAAAUCAUCCUUCGGGAAGCAACUCGUUCCAUGGAGAGCUCAAGAGCUGUCACACAAAACCGUCCAAGGGUGCUUUGGCAUCCAUGAUCAAUUCCGAGAUCGGAGCGGUUUUGGCUGUGAUGAGGAGAAAUGUACGGUGGGGUGUUCGCUAUAUCGCAGAUGAUGAUCAGCUUGAGCAUUCUCUUAUCCAUUCUUUGAAAGAAUUGCGUAAGCAGAUAUUUUCAUGGCAAAGCAAUUGGCAAAACGUUGACCCGAGACUGUACAUACAGCCCUUCUUGGAUGUUAUACUAUCCGAUGAAACUGGUGCUCCGAUCACCGGCGUUGCUUUGUCAUCUGUCUAUAAGAUCUUAACCCUUGACAUUUUUACCCUCGAGACCGUGAAUGUGGGAGAGGCGAUGCAUAUCAUUGUUGAUGCUGUGAAAAGCUGCCGUUUCGAGGUAACUGAUCCGGCAUCGGAGGAAGUGGUUCUGAUGAAGAUACUUCAAGUUCUUCUGGCUUGCAUAAAGAGUAAGGCGUCUAAUGGUCUGAGUAAUCAAGAUAUUUGCACCAUUGUCAACACUUGUUUGCGUGUUGUUCAUCAAUCAAGCUCCAAAAGUGAGUUGUUGCAGCGUAUAGCUCGCCACACGAUGCAUGAGUUGGUUAGAUGUAUCUUCUCUCAGCUUCCUUAUAUCAGCCCGCUGGCCAAUGUGAGCGAAUUACAUGUCGGCGAUAAGGUGGGAACAGUGGACUGGGAUCAGAAUUCUGGAGAAAACAAUGUUGAAAAUGGAAAUAUUGGUAGCGUAUCUGAUACUCUCGGCACUGACAAAGAUUCUCCAAGUUCUGAGAUGGUUACUCCAGAAACCGAACUUAAAAAUGAUGAAAAGAGAACUGAGGUCAGUGAUGACUUGAAUGUCGCUGCUGAUGGUGAAAACGUAAUGAUGGCGCCUUUUGGUAUUCCUUGCAUGGUAGAGAUUUUUCAUUUCUUGUGUACCCUGUUGAAUGUUGGAGAAAACGGUGAAGUCAAUUCCAGAUCCAACCCUAUAGCAUUUGAUGAAGACGUUCCUCUUUUCGCUCUGGGUUUAAUUAACUCUGCUAUUGAACUUGGAGGGCCUUCUUUCCGUGAGCAUCCAAAGUUGUUGGCUUUGAUUCAGGAUGAGCUAUUUUGUAACUUGAUGCAGUUUGGUAUGUCGAUGAGCCCUCUGAUUCUUUCUACAGUCUGCAGCAUCGUUCUAAAUCUCUACCUGAGUCUCCGUACUGAGCUCAAGGUACAGCUUGAAGCUUUCUUUUCAUGUGUACUUCUGAGGAUUGCACAGAGCAAACAUGGCUCUUCUUACCAGCAACAGGAGGUUGCUAUGGAGGCUCUGGUUGAUCUUUGCAGACAACAUACUUUCAUGGCUGAAGUGUUUGCGAAUUUCGAUUGUGAUAUAACCUGCAGUAAUGUUUUCGAGGAUGUUUCAAACCUGCUAUCAAAGAGUGCAUUCCCAGUUAAUGGGCCUUUAUCCGCUAUGCAUAUACUUGCACUGGAUGGGUUAAUCUCCAUGGUUCAGGGAAUGGCUGAAAGGGUUGGUGAGGAAUUGCCGGGUUCAGAUGUUUCUACACAUGAAGAAGGAUAUGAAGCAUUCUGGACAGUGAGAUGUGAGAACUACGGAGAUCCUAAUUCUUGGGUUCCUUUUGUCCGAAAGUCAAAGCACAUAAAGAAAAAGCUGAUGGUUGGAGCUGAUCAUUUCAACAGUGAUCCUAAAAAAGGCCUGCAGCAACUCCAGGCGAUGCACUUGUUGCCUGAGGAACUUGAUCCAAAGAGUGUGGCAUGUUUCUUCAGGUAUACAUGUGGUGUAGACAAGAAUCUUAUAGGAGAUUUUCUGGGAAAUCAUGACCAGUUCUGUGUUCAGGUGCUUCAUGAGUUUGCCAAGACGUUUGACUUCCAGAACAUGAAUCUUGAUACCGCCCUGCGUCUUUUUGUGGGUACUUUUAGAUUGCCUGGCGAGUCACAGAAGAUACAGAGGGUGCUCGAGGCGUUUUCUGAGAGAUACUAUGAGCAGUCACCUCAGAUACUGAUUGAUAAAGAUGCUGCCCUCUUGUUAUCUUAUUCGAUAAUCUUGCUGAACACAGAUCACCACAAUACGCAGGUCAAGAAAAAGAUGACCGAAGAAGACUUCAUACGUAACAACAGGUGCAUAAAUGGAGGAGCAGACCUUCCUAGAGAGUACUUAUCUGAGCUGUAUCAUUCGAUCUGCGACAGUGAGAUUCAGAUGAUCCCAGAUCAGGGAACUGGCUUCCAAAUGAUGACAUCCAGUCGUUGGAUUAGUGUGAUUUACAAAUCCAAAGAAACCAGUCCUUAUAUCCUAUGUGACACUGCAUCCCAUCUCGACCAUGACAUGUUUUAUAUCGUGUUCGGUCCCACUAUUGCAGCUACAUCAGUGGUUUUUGAGCAAGCAGAGCAAGAAGAUGUUUUACAGAGAUGUAUUGAUGGGUUAUUGGCAAUUGCUAAACUUUCAGCAUAUUAUCAUCUGAAUAGUGUUUUGGACGAUCUAGUCGUGUCUCUCUGCAAAUUCACACCUUUCUUUGCCCACUUAUCUGCCGACGAAGCUGUUCUUGCUUUAGGAGAAGAUGCCAGAGCAAGAAUGGCUACUGAAGCUGUUUUCUUGAUUGCAAAUAAAUACGGUGACUAUAUCAGUGCGGGCUGGAAAAAUAUACUGGAAUGUGUCUUGAGCCUCCAGAAACUCCAGAUUUUACCAGCUCAUAUAGCUAGUGAUGCAGCGGAUGAUCCGGAGCCAUCAACUAGUAACUUGGAGCAAGAAAGACCUUCAGCAAAUCCCGUGUCAGUAGUGUCACAGGUACAACCCUCAGCGACGCCUCGGAAAUCAUCUAGUUUUAUUGGUCGGUUUAGCCAGCUUUUGUCAUUCGAUAUGGAGGAGACAAAGCCAUUACCAACCGAGGAAGAACUUGCAGCUUAUAAACACGCUCGUGGGAUAGUGAAAGACUGUCACAUUGAUAGCAUAUUCUCAGACAGCAAGUUUCUUCAAGCUGAGUCUCUGCAACAGCUAGUAAACUCCUUAAUAAAGACUGCCGAGAAAGAUGAAGCUAGUGCGGUCUUUUGCCUGGAGCUUCUGAUUGCAGUAACUCUGAACAACCGUGACAGAAUCCUACUGAUCUGGCAAACUGUUUACGAGCAUAUCUCGGGUAUAGUCCAAUCAACGUCAACACCAUGCCCGCUUGUUGAAAAGGCUGUUUUUGGUGUCUUGAAGAUUUGUCAGAGAUUAUUGCCUUACAAGGAAAACCUAACAGAUGAGCUUCUGAAAUCACUCCAACUGGUUCUCAAGCUUGAUGCAAGAGUGGCUGAUGCAUACUGUGAACCCAUCACACAAGAAGUCGCGCGUCUUGUUAAAGCAAAUGCAUCUCACGUUAGAUCUCAUGUUGGUUGGCGAACGAUCAUAUCUCUGUUAUCAAUCACAGCUCGGCAUCCAGAAGCUUCAGAUGCUGGAUUCGAAGCUCUCCGGUUUAUAAUGUCAGAAGGAGCUCACUUGUUACCAUCAAACUACGUCCUCUGUUUGGAUGCAGCUAGGCAGUUUGCUGAAUCUCGAGUCGGCGAAAUCGAUCGGUCUAUCUUAGCCAUCGACUUAAUGUCGAACUCUGUGUUCUGUCUCGCAAGAUGGUCUCAAGAGGCGAAAAACUCGGUCGGAGAAGAAGAUGAAGCUAUGAUGAAACUAAGCCAAGAUAUUGGAGAAAUGUGGCUUAGACUUGUGAACAACCUGAAACGAGUUUGUCUUGACCAACGCGACCAAGUGAGAAACCACUCCAUCUUAAUGCUGCAAAGAUCCAUAGCCGGUGCAGAUGGGAUCAUGUUGCCGCAACCUCUAUGGUUCCAGUGCUUUGAUUCCGCAAUCUUCCCAUUACUAGACGAAUUGCUCAACGUUUCAAUCGAGAAUUCGAGGAAGACUUUCAAGAAAACAGUCGAAGAAACGCUCGUGCUCGCCACAAAGCUCAUGUCGAAAGCUUUUCUUCAAUCUCUCCAAGACAUCUCGCAGCAACCUUCCUUCUGCAGAGUCUGGGUUGGUGUGUUGAACCGUAUGGAGACUUACAUGUCAACAAAGUUCAGAGGAAAACGCAGCGAGAAGAUCCAUGAACUCGUACCGGAACUGCUCAAGAACACGCUGCUGGUGAUGAAGACGACGGGGGUUUUAUUACCAGGUGACGAUAUUGGGAGUGAUAGUUUCUGGCAACUUACUUGGCUUCAUGUUAACAAGAUUUCUCCUUCUCUGCAAUCUGAAGUUUUCCCUCAAGAGGAGCUUGAUCAGUUUCAGAGACGAAACGCGAAGCUUGAGGAAAACGCAAAGCCUGAGACAGUGGUGGAAUAGAGAUGAUGAAUUUGUUCUAUACAGAAGGAAAAGCAUAUUGAAGGAGUUUUUAGAAAACUAUUAUAUCGAAAUAUUUUUUUGCAGUAUAGUUUUUUGUUUUGAAUAUAGGGAAGAUUAUAUAAUACUGUACUUUGGAGUUUGGAGUUUGGAGCUUUUGGUUUUUACUUUUUUUUUUUAUGGAAGAAUGUCACGUUGAAAUUGUG